CUAGUUUUAUCCGACGAUUGGUAGAUUCAUUUUAAAGUUAACCCAAUGUAUUUAGUUUUUAAAUUUUAUUUAUAAUAAAAAAUCUGUUGUCUUCGAGUAAUCACAUGAAAUAUAUAAAUAAUUACCCUCCUAAAAGGUUACAGUCUAACAACUGAAACGUCAAGCGGCAAAAAUCCUUGAUAGAUUAAAUUAAUUCAAAGGUAUCGGUAAUAAUCAAGAACAAAAUAAAAUUUUACAUAAUAUGUUCCUGGAAAAUAAUAAAAACAAAUUAUAUUAUCUGUGCCAUAACCAUACUCCUGGCUUAAAAGAGCUUGCACCCAGAGCCGUAAAACACUAUACAUAUAUUCAUAUAAAAAAAAACCCACUCCAUCUUUGAAACUUGAUCAAACAAAUUUGACGAACGAACUUUUAUCUAAGAACACUUUGCAGUUCUGGUGUUCGGGUUAAAUUACACAAUGUAAGUAUUUUACUUGUAUUAAAUCGAAAAAAUAAUAAAUAUCGAGUAUCUGCUUAUGAUUAUUUGGAUCAGUUAUUACCUGUAAUAACAAUAUUUUCUUCUUUUUCAGAAAAUAUGGGCGCAUGCUGGUAUGUACCUAUUUUUAAUGGUUUAUUAUUGCGUGGAUUGUUAAGAUAAUUAUAAUGGUCAAUUUGACAACUAACUAACACCAUUACACCAUGUUGCUCCUACUUGGAUUUUGAAUGGUUUUAUCGAAUGAAUGUGGAAUGUUUUCGUUGGUUUGGUUAAUUCCUAACCUAUUUGCAUUGUGUGCUCAUAUCGACUGAAUGUGCAGUGGAAUAUUUUACAACACGUCGUGGUUUGGCUCAUUCCUAACCUAUUUGCAUUGUGUGCUCGCAAUUAACAACUAUGUUGCUUUAUUUGUUUUUUUUUUUCGAGUGUAUGUGUUUGAUUUUUAGCUCCGGCGGUGGCUGGUGGAGCCGGUGGUGGUGGGGCUGGGACGGCGGAGUCCCUGGCUCAGCUGUGGGCGGAGGCGGCGGUGGCGUCGAGUGUGAGGCGAACGAGGAGACGCCGCUGCUGCCGGCUCCGCCGAGCCCGGGCCAGCAGCGGGCCCUACGCUUAAGGGCAGAGGAGCGGGGCCGGCGAGUGGAGGAGCGGGCCCGGACAGCCGCCCGCCUCCACAAGAUGCGCCAGAGCGGGCGCGCGUUUCGGCCGCUCCACGAGCGCCCGCCCGAGCGCCGCCAGCUGAGCGACGCGGAGCUGCGGGAGCUGCAGGCGGCGUGGCGGCGCGCCGUUGAGUCGGCCGAACGCCGCCUUGCGGCGCAAAUUAAUAAAUUUUAGGAGCUUUAUACGAGUUGAAGUGUUUAAAUGCAGUAAUUAAACACUUCAACUCGUAUAAAGCUCUUUGAAAAAAAAAUAAAUGAACUUUUUUAAAAAUGUUUUUUUAAUGGCUUUUAACUCCUUGCAGCUAGGUAGGUAGAGCCAGUACGAACAAACUAGACGAGUACCUACCUAGUUUUCAAGUUAAUACAAGGUAUGAUUUG